AUGGUUCACACGUGUGUUGUUUAUGGUUGUACCAAUCGAGCAGACAACAGUACGAAGCGUGGAUUUUAUGGUUUUCCAACAGUUAGACUACAUGAAGACAAACGGGCAGGGAAAAAAGAACGAAAUGGAUCGCCACCAAAGGAAGAAAGGGCUUCACGCCGUAAACCAGCUAAAAGUUUUGACAAGUUGAAUCCUGACUGGGUACCUUCAUUAAAACUAACUGGAAAAGAACAAACCAGCUCCGUGACAUCAAGCAGCAGUAAGCGUUUUCACCGGACUAAUCAGCGACAGAACAAACGACAACAGCUUAUUGCAGCAAGAGCCCUGAUUGAUCUUUCAGUUUCAGCAAGUACAUGCACCAUUGAAGAGGAUGAACAAACAUCAUCAGAAGGAAAUUUAAAGAAAGUGCAGUUUUUGAAAUUAGGAAUUGUAAGGUCUGAAACCCAGGGUUCAGAGGAACUAAAGAGCAGACAAAGAGAGGAAUUACUUAGGAAUUACAUGGCUGAAUGUCAAGAACGUACAACAGAAAACGUAUCGUUAAAGCAGCAGCUUUUGGAUGGACUUGCUUUUAGUGAGGAUGCACUGAGAGGAAAUGAUAAGAAAAUAAGCUUCCUCACUGGGCUGCCAGGAUUUCUGACAUUAAUGACUGUGUUUGACUUUAUCAAAGAUGAUAUACCUGAAAGUUGGAAACUGAGAAAGUGUAUUUCCUGGCCACAAAGAGAGGAACUGAGAAUGUCCAUGCCCAUGGAGUUCAGAAAACACUUCGGCCUGAAAGUUGCAGUGGUGAUAGACUGUUUUGAAUUUUUUACAAAGAGACCAUCUGACCUUCUAGCUAGAGCCAAGUCGUGGUCCUGCUAUAAACACCACAAUACCAUAAAGUUUCUUAUUGGAAUAGCGCCACAAGGAGCUAUAACAUACUUAUCCAGAGCUUGGGGAGGACGUGUCAGUGACAAAUACAUUGUUGAAAAUAGUGAUUUCCUGGAUAAGCUUAUCCCUGGAGAUGUUGUUCUAGCGGACAGAGGAUUCGAUAUUCAGGACAGUGUUGGUUUAAUGUGUGCAGAUGUUAAAAUUCCCAGCUUCACGAAGGGAAAAAGUCAGUUGUCCCCCCUAGAGUUAGAAUCCACACGAAAUAUCGCACAUGUCCGAAUCCAUGUGGAAGGAGUUAUUGGGCUUGUGAGGAACAAAUACACCAUAUUGUCGGAAGCUAUACCGGUGGACUAUCUGAUUGCUCCUGAAGGAGACGUUACUACGGUCGAUAAGAUUGUAACUGUUGCUGUUUGA